CCCCCGGACCCAUCGGCUGCCAUCCGCCCCGCGCAGUCCCCGCUGCCGCCCCGCCCGUAGGACAUGGACGAUCGGGAAGACCUCGUCUAUCAGGCCAAGUUGGCUGAGCAGGCUGAGCGCUACGAUGAAAUGGUUGAAUCAAUGAAGAAAGUGGCUGGAAUGGAUGUGGAGUUGACAGUGGAAGAAAGAAACCUGCUUUCUGUUGCAUAUAAAAACGUGAUUGGAGCCAGGAGAGCUUCCUGGAGAAUAAUCAGCAGCAUUGAACAGAAAGAAGAAAACAAAGGUGGAGAAGACAAAUUAAAAAUGAUUCGGGAAUAUCGGCAAAUGGUUGAGACUGAACUGAAGUUAAUCUGUUGUGACAUUCUGGAUGUACUGGACAAACACCUCAUUCCAGCAGCUAACACUGGCGAGUCCAAGGUUUUCUAUUACAAAAUGAAGGGGGACUACCAUAGGUAUCUGGCUGAGUUUGCCACAGGAAAUGACAGGAAGGAGGCUGCAGAGAACAGCUUGGUGGCUUACAAAGCUGCUAGUGAUAUUGCAAUGACAGAACUCCCACCAACACAUCCCAUCCGCUUAGGACUUGCGCUCAACUUCUCUGUAUUCUACUAUGAAAUUCUUAAUUCUCCUGAUCGUGCCUGCAGGUUGGCAAAAGCAGCUUUCGAUGAUGCUAUUGCAGAACUGGAUACACUGAGUGAAGAAAGCUAUAAGGACUCUACACUUAUCAUGCAGUUGUUACGUGAUAACCUGACACUAUGGACUUCAGACAUGCAGGGUGAUGGUGAAGAACAGAAUAAAGAAGCGUUGCAGGAUGUGGAAGAUGAAAACCAGUGAGACACAAAGGCCAACAAGAGAACCCAUCUCUGACCACCCUCCCCCUUCCCCACAAAAACCCUCAGUGUCACUCUGAGAACCACCAAAUCUGACUUUUACAUUGGGUCUCAGAAUUUAGGUUCCUGCCCUGUUGGGUUUCUUUAUUUUUAUUUUUUUUUACACAGUUUAAAAGUUCUUAAAGGCAAGAGUGAAUUUCUGUGGAUUUUACUGGUGCCAGCUUUUAGGUUCUUUAAGACACUAACAGGACUGCAUAAAGGCUCUUUCAGCAUUACUGUAUUGUCUCUGCCAGCUGUGGUGACAUUGCCAUCAGACCUGGAUGUGACACCUGAAGGCCGCGUAGGGAGAGAUUGGUCCUGGCCAGGUAGUGCUCAUGUGGUGGCAUCUUUCUUUUUUUUUUUUUUUUUUUUUUUUUAAUAACUGUUUAAACUGAAUUUUAUACCAAUGUUUCAACUUAAUUGGGUGUUUAGCUCGAAGUUGUGAGGUUGCAUUUGGGACAUUUAUUGUAGUGGUUUUACUGUAUAAAAACAAAAAGUUUCCAAACUGCUGAAAUGUUGCUGAAAAUCAUGGUGCUGGUAACAGUUCAACAAUCCGUGGCUGCUCAUUCUUGCCUGUUCUUUACUUUCCCUCCAAGCAGGUUAGCAUUGAAGGUGGCAUUGAUAAGCCUGCAUGCGUGUUCAAUAUUUUUUCUUUUCUCCCUCCCCUCUCCCCAUCUCCCUACGCUCGCUCAACCUCUUUUGUUCAGUAUGUGUAACUUGAAGCUAAUUUGUACUACUGGAUAUCUGACUGGAGCCACAGAUACAGAAUCUGUAUUGUUCUUACUGAAACACAGCAUGGAAUUAACAUUAAACUUAAAUAAAACAAACCUAAAUUAAAAAUGCCAACCAUCACUAUGAGUUUCUGUUAGAAGAAUAACUUUGCUUUGUUGCUUGUACUAGGAACAGUUGGAGGGGGAGAGAGCAGCAGGAACAGCCUUGUUCUUCAGACAGGAGCUAAGGAAGAUUUGGUCUGAGCGUGAGUUGUGCUGCUGGGAGCAGCCCUUUUAUCCUGUAGUCUUUUCAUAUAUAAACCCCUGGGAAAUGGUUGGUGAAUCCUCUCACCUGCUGUUCCAGCACUUCUCAUCCAGUGCAGUUCCCUAGGAGAGAAGGGACACAGGUUAUCUGCUCUGCUGGGAAUAACCUGCUCCUUGGAAUGGACACCAGGCUGGGGCUGGGCUCAGCCUCCCCCUAAACCACGUAAAGAAACUGCACCAAAGACAAGGGGGGGGUUGUUUUUUUUUUUUUUUUUUUUUGUAAAAAUUUAUUCAGCGUAGUCUGGCAGAGGUUAUACACCAACAUCUGCAACGUGCUCUGCACACACUGAGCACAUCUGGGGGAUGCCUGCAGUUUAUCCCACAUUCCAGCCCAGAGCAGGGCUGGACAAUGGCAUCAUGUCAGGAAACGGAGCAGAGGGUGAGAGGCAGCAGUGGGUGAGAAUCAUUCAGGGCUGGCUGUGGCUGCAGCAGGAGGGAGGGGAAGGAUGUCUAAGGCAAGUAGAGCAGGAUGCACAGGCUGGGCUGUGCAGCUGUGCCAUGGAUGCAGCAGCAAUUCCCCAUGGAGCCCUGCACCCUGCAGCUGUUGGGGUUAAAGGAAGGUGCCGAGGAAGAACCUGUGCUGCAGCC